GCAGCCUACGUAGAUCCCUUUUGGUUAAGCUUCAUUACGUACAUUGCAAUGUAUUGCUUGCAAGUCCAGUUUCAGACUGCAAAAACAGUAUUUUGUUUUGAUUUUUGAGUUAAAGGGACAAGCUCUGAUAUUUAAUCUGUUCUCCUCCUUUAGCUGGCAGCUAAGGGACCUGACAGAUUUUUUGGGACAUCCUUAUUCUUAGGCAACUGAUCAGCUGCUGUUACACAUAUUCAGUGUCCUGCUUUGCAGUGCUUAUGUCCAUGGGUGCCUGGGUUAUAAUGAAUAACAGCAGCAAAGUAAUGUUUAUGGAGAGCUCAAUUGAGGGCCACUUGCUAGCACAACGGGGAAAACAGUUCCUCAAGUCUCUUUCUUCACUUCACAGCUUCAUGCAUAAGAAGAGAACAUAAGAGAGAGAAGCAAGCGGCGGUGCUGGCUACUGCAGAGCUGCCUGCAAAGUCUGUGGAUCUGGCUGCUCUUAACCUGACCGAGCUGGUGAACGGCAUGCUGAGCACGGCACUCAGAGGUACCAAAAAACUCUUCUCUUUGCUGAGUGUCACGUCUUACAGCUCGUUUGCCUUCCACAAAGUGUCAGUCACCGUUUAUAACAUUUCUAGCCUGAAAAAUGUUGACCCUGGCAAGUUUCCUAUGCAUUACUGCUACUGUUUAAACAAUGUGACAAAUGACUUGGCAGAUUUUACAGCUUUACUUGUUGAUAUAAUUGGAAACUCCACCAGUUAUCUCACCGAAAUUUUCAAAUCUACUUCUAUUCUCUCAGUGCGUCAGAGCAAUGAUUCAGAUUGUAUCUACAUUUGUGUGAUGACAGGCCAAACAGGGAGAAAUCUGUCUGACUUUUGGGAAAUAUUGGAGAAGCCCCCUGUUAUUAAUUACACAUUUUCCAGUAACACAUCAUCUGACCUGGAUCUGGAUUCAAUGUUUUCAAGCUUCAUGAAAUUACAGGAAGACUCAAACAAAACCAUGGAUCCAUCAGUAGAACACAAGUGGACAUUUAAAACUACCAGCACCCCUCUUGCCCUGAAAGGGGAGGACAUUCCCACCACGAGGUCCCGACCAUGGCCAAAAACAGUUGGUGCGAAGGGAUCAGGGUUUCCAUCGCUGCACUUGGAUGCUUCAGGACCAAGAGGCACAGUUGGAACCCCUCCGGCUGCUGAGGAGAUCUUGGCCCCAUCAUCAGCCUUUCAGACCAGCCCUGGUGAUAUAUAUGCAUAUUGGAUGCAGACCAUGCCUCCUCAAGAAGCCAGCAAACAGAUGCAAACAGAGCCAGAUUUGCUUUCCUCUGUACUGUCUACUCCACCCUACCGGCCUGGUGUGACAGUGAAACUUCACUCAAUUACCCGGUGUCCACAAGCGAUCUUCAAAGAGUCCCGUGUGACUUCGCCUCCUGUCACAGUCAUAGUGCAGAAGAUCAAUCCUUGUGUGAUGGAGCUGUGCAGGUUUUUCCAGCUGUGCCUCUGUGUUGGUCGAAGAAAAUAUUUCAGAAAGGAAGCCAUGAGGUACUGUGUUGAAUACUAUUCCUGGUUCUUGAAAAAUGCAAGUUAUGUCUGUGAACGAGUCAAAAGAGUUGCUUAUUCCCACACAUUAAAACAGAAAUGCCUUAAAAACAUCUGUAAAUCAGUUUAGAGCACUGAAGAAUUUCACUGGAAUUCAGAUGAUCGGUGGCAGUUUUAGUAGUCUCUUUCAUUUCUCAGUGUAAGAAAAAUCAGAUUGUGAUAUGUUAUUUACAAAUAUUUGUAACAAGACAAGUUAUUAAUUGGAUGUUAACCUAGGAAUCUGUCUUCCUCGAAGCAAUGUAAAAAUGAUGUGUAAAAACAGAUGCAUUUUAUACAAGUGUUGUAACUGCAAUAAAAACAUUGGAAGGCUUUUUAAAAUUUUA